ACCUCCUCAGGUUGCAGAUUUCCAGGGGAGCCCACCAGCGUGGCCAGCAUGGCCUCAGAAGACAUUGCCAAGCUGGCAGAGACGCUAGCCAAAACCCAGGUGGCCGGGGGACAGCUGAGUUUCAAGGGCAAGAGCCUCAAACUCAACACUGCAGAAGAUGCCAAAGACGUGAUUAAGGAGAUUGAAGAUUUCGAGGGCCUAGAGGCCUUGCGCCUGGAGGGCAACACGGUGGGCGUGGAAGCAGCCAGGGUCAUCGCCAAGGCCUUGGAGAAGAAGUCGGAGUUGAAGCGAUGCCACUGGAGCGACAUGUUCACGGGGAGGCUGCGGUCUGAGAUCCCACCUGCCCUGAUCUCUCUCGGGGAGGGACUCAUCACAGCCGGGGCCCAGCUGGUGGAGCUGGACCUGAGUGACAACGCGUUCGGGCCCGACGGCGUGCGAGGCUUCGAGGCCCUGCUCAAGAGCUCCACUUGCUUCACCCUGCAUGAACUCAAGCUCAACAACUGUGGCAUGGGCGUCGGUGGCGGCAAGAUCCUGGCAGCAGCUCUGACUGAGUGUCAUCGGAAGUCCAGUGCCCAAGGCAAGCCGCUAGCCCUGAAGGUCUUCGUGGCUGGCAGAAACCGUCUGGAGAACGACGGAGCCACUGCCUUAGCAGAGGCUUUUGGGAUCAUCGGGACUCUGGAGGAGGUCCACAUGCCGCAGAAUGGGAUCAAUCACCCCGGUGUCACUGCCCUGGCCCAGGCUUUCGCCAUCAACCCCCUGCUGCGGGUCAUCAACCUGAACGACAACACCUUCACCGAGAAGGGUGCCGUGGCCAUGGCCAAGACGCUGAAGACCUUGCGGCAGGUGGAGGUGAUCAACUUCGGGGACUGCCUGGUGCGCUCCAAGGGCGCCGUCGCCAUCGCAGACGCCGUCCACGGGGGCCUGCCGAAGCUGAAGGAGCUGAACUUGUCAUUCGGUGAAAUCAAGAGAGAUGCUGCUCUGUCUGUUGCUGAGGCCGUGGCUGACAAGGUGGAGCUGGAGAAGCUGGACCUCAACGGCAACACCCUGGGAGAAGAAGGCUGUGAGCAGCUCCGGGAAGUGCUGGGCGGCUUCCACAUGGCCGAGGUGCUGGCGUCCCUCAGUGACGAUGAGGGUGAGGAUGACGAGGACGAGGACGAGGACGAGGAUGAAGACGAGGAGGAGGAGGAGGAGGAGGAGGAGGAGCCACAGCGGGGAGAGCGAAGGGAGCGGCCGACCGCACCACCCAGGAAGAUGCUGGAUCCUGACGGUGGGGAACCAGCUCCUGUCCUGUCCUCCCCGCCUCCUGCAGACGUCUCCACCUUCCUGGCCUUCCCCUCCCCGGAGAAGCUGCUGCGCCUCGGGCCCAAGAGUUCCGUGCUGAUAGCCCAACAGACUGACACGUCUGAUCCGGAGAAGGUGGUCUCUGCCUUCCUGAAGGUGUCUUCUGUGUUCAAGGACGAAGCCGCAGUGAGGUCAGCGGUGCAGGAUGCAGUAGAUACCUUGAUGAAGAAGGCCUUCAGCUCAUCCUCCUUCAACUCCAGCGCCUUCCUCACCAGGCUCCUCGUCCACAUGGGGUUGCUCAAGAGUGAAGACAAGAUCAAGGCCAUUGCCAACCUGUACGGCCCCCUGAUGGCAUUGAAUCACAUGGUGCAGCAGGAGUACUUCCCCAAGGCCCUUGCCCCUCUGCUGCUGGCAUUCGUGACCAAGCCCAAUGGCGCCCUGGAAUCCUGCUCCUUUGCCCGCCACAAUCUACUGCAGACGCUCUACAAGGUCUAG